AUGUUUAGAGAUAGAACCAAGUUAUUCUUAUCGUAUCGUCGAACAAUCUUCCGAGAUACCCCAUCUAGAAAGCCAUUCCGAGACGACAUAAAUGCCAAUGACACCGAUACCGAUAGUCUAUUUGACUCAGAGCAGGAUAAUCUCAUCAUUUCAUCUCGUAAACGCCAGCAUCAACAAUCAUCAAAAUUGCAGAAACAUGGAAAUGUAGAUACGCCACAGAAGGAAGUUGAAGAAGAUAUUGAAAUGAAACCAAUAAUCCCAACUCAAUUUGAAAUUGCCAAAGAUUUGGAUGUUUGCUUAACGGUGAUUGAUAAACAAACACAAGAAUUGAAUUCGUUAUACAAGCAAUUGAUAAUCAUAAAUAAGCUGAGCAAGAAACGAAUUGAAUCUCAAAUUGAAGAAUAUAGUUAUCAGAUUUUGCAAAAUUUUGAAAAAUGUUAUAUUGGUAUCAAGAAAUUUGAAUACUUGGCCAAAAAUCAUGAACGAUUACAAGUUAAUUAUACAGCUCAAGAUUUGAACAUUUUGACUAAUAUGAAGAAGAACUAUGCCAACAAGAUUCAACAACAUUUAUUACUUUUCCGAAAUUUGCAAAAUAAUUAUAUGAAUUUCUUGAGAGAUGAUGAUGAUGAAUUUGAUUUACUUCUUAAUGAAAAACGUAAUCAACGUGGCGUACCAAAGGAACAGCUAGAUGGUGAAAACAUUGAACAAUUGAGUAAAGAAAUAAUCCAAUCUACUAGCCAUCAGCAACAACAACAACAACAACUACAAGCACAUACGCAAGUUCAAUUACGACAAAAUUCCAAUGACCAAUACUUGGAACAACGUGAACGAGAAAUUAAUAAGUUAGCAAUGGGAAUAUUGGAAAUCUCCACCAUGUUUAAAGAAAUGGAAAGUAUGGUGAUCGAUCAAGGAACAAUGUUGGAUCGAAUUGAUUACAACUUGACAAAUACAGUACACGAUUUGAAAUCGUCAGAAAAGGAGUUGAUUAAAGCCACAACUUAUCAGAAACGGACCACGAAAUGUAAAGUUAUUUUCUUUAUGGUGUUGUGUGUGUUUGCGUUGUUGAUGAUUUUGAUGUUGAGACCCGGUGGAGGCAGUGGUGGAAGUCAUCGCAAUGAGACAGUUGUUGACAAGCCACAAGAACCAGCAAAGGGUGAUAGCAGUAGCAGUAGUGGUGAUGGUGAUAAUGGUUCAGCCGCGAAACCGCCUGUUGAAGUCAGUCAUCCUGAUGCUCCCUUAGAUGGAUCGAAACCCAUUGAUGUUGAUGGAAGGUAG